UUGAGCCUCAUCAGUGGACCGCCAUCCUCAGCUCAUUUUGUUUCAUAUCAUGCUAGUAGCUGCUGAAUGCACAUUUCUAAAUGUGCAUCAAAUUCUUAUCAUGUACAGGCAUGACUACAGUCAUCAGUGGACAAUGCCAGAGCUCAUAGCGGCGCCAUUAGUUUUAUUAAUCAACAUUGUUGUGAAUUUUUUUAAGAAAAAAAGAGCAUUUGCUUUACGUGUACAGCGCAGUCCAUCAGUAUAUGGGCGGUGACACAUUUGUUAUUAUUUUGGCACUGUACUCCAGCAAAUUGCAUCUGAAAUGAAACAGAAUAUAACACAUUCAGUGCAGGACUCAUAUAGUGCCUCAUUUCGUGGAAAGUGUGAGAGAACAACGGUUACUCAUUUAAUCAAUUUAAUAUACGUCUAUGCUCAGUGGCUCUGGUAUUUGUCUUGUCAAGCCGCAUAUCACCUAUCACAUUGUCAUCAUCAUUGGAGUGGUGGGACAACAGGGUUUUCUACACUCUUUGCUGAUUUCAUUGCAUUUCUUUGGAUGUUUGUUGCCAUCAGAAAUAUGCCCCCUGCUGUACAUACAUUAAUUUUAUAUUGUUUUACAAUAGAAAUUACUAUAUAAUCUGUUAACUUGUUUCUCUACAUCUGUUUUGAAGCAGGUCCUUUGGGUUUACUUUGCAGUGUUCGUCUUCUCACAUAUUGCCUAAAGAUUAAAUACAUUUUAGUAGAAUGAUUGCAUUCAGUUAACAGUCUUCCUAACUGAUAAAUCGUGGUGGUGAUUCGAUGGUAAGGCUUUUGUUAAAACUUAGACUCUGAAGAAUGUAAGCUAGUGAAGAUGUCAAAGACUGUUUACAGUUUAUUCCCUCAGAAGUUUAAAAAACACACUGGCAGUGUGCAGUUGUGAUAUUAAUUGUGACCAGUUACAAUAAAAUACUAAUAGAAGUCUGUUUAUUUAGUAUUGAUUAUGGAGCUAUACAGUAUGAUUAAACAUUACUAACUAAUCAUUUGCACUGACUGUAUAUUGAUAAGAUCAGUGUAACAUAGUUUGCAGAUCUAAAAUGAGAAGGUAUCUGUAUGAUUGUGAAGGAAGAGAGUAAUGAAACUGUGCAAAAUGGUGCUGAAUGCUCCUUUACUGGGCUUUAACUAGUUGUCUGCAUCAGAAUUAGGUUUUAAGCUAUUAGGACUGAUUUACACCACCAGGAAGAAAAACAAAAGGUGAGCUAAUGUUUAUUAUCUGUGGUUAUGUGUAUGUGUAUCCUGACUAAAGGGGAUGACAGAUGCCCAUAAUUGCCUUUUUGUUGCUACUGUAUGGUUGUUUGCUGAAGUUGCUGUCUUAAUUUCUGUGUGCUGAAGAGAUUGUAUAUGUUUUGCUGAAGCUUUUUUGAAAAGCAGUUGUUAAAUAAAACCUGUGUUGUGCUUUUUUGUGGCCAGAAACAGCACAAUGUUCACGUUGUUUCUGCUGCAGCACUUUGCUCCCACCCUGUUCUUUUUUUUCCCAGUAAAAUGUUGCUGUAAACUUUGUCCUGACUGAGUUGACGGCUGUCAGUCUCAGUAAACAAGAAAGCAAAGUUUUUCUACUCAUCAGCCUCCCUGGCAGCUUUUUCCUGUCUUCAGCAGAACACUGCGGGAUGCGGACAUAUUUCUUCAGUGCGGACACGCAGGAGGACAUGAAUGGCUGGAUCCGGGCCAUGAACCAGGCUGCGCUGAUGCAGCAGAGUCACACUAUAAAGAGAGAGGUGGAGAAGCCAAAGAAAGCUGUGCAGCAGGCAGUUCCACAGGCCAACCAUGUCCACAUCAAUCAGAACUCAUCUCAGACAGAGAGCCUUCGCAGGACAGACAGAGAGGAACCACAAGAUAAUGGUAUCCAACUGGCUCAUGGCGACGAGGUGAGGUAUGCAUUAGAAAUCCUAGGGAGGCCCAGCCAGUCAGCCACAGAGGAAAGAGCAGAGAGACUGUCUCCAGAGUUUGUCGAUGGCGCCGCCCAGAAGAACGGACAGCAAACUGUAAUCCAAGUGGCUCUGCCACCAGAACAGAAUGGAAACCUAGUCUAUCAGAGGGGCUUUGUGUCACGGGCAGACCCUGAGAAACAUGUGCAGAGGAAGAAUACACUGGCUCAGGUGGAGCAGUGGGUCAAAGUGCAUAAAGGGGACCCACCGAAGAGUGCUCCUUCUGCUGAGUAUAACCUCCCUCGGCGGACUCCUCCCUUAAAGCCCAAAGCCAGCACAGCGGAUGCCACCUAUCAAUCGUUGCCAAAGUCUCCCCGUCUCCCAUCUGGCAGCAACUCUCCUCCAGCAACAUGCAACCUGCCUAGUGACUACAAGUACGCCCAUGACCGGCUCAGCCACUUCCGCAUGUCCACAGAUGAGCGUACGGCCACCAAGGAGGGGAUGGUAUGGCAGCUGUACGAGUGGCAGCAGCGGCAGCAGUUCCGUCAUGGCAGCCCCACCGCUCCGAUAUACACUGGCCCCAACUUCACUGACUCUUCAUCUUUUAGAGUUACUGUGGAGAUGCCACGUUCCAUCUCCGUUCCUCCGUCCCCAUGUGAAGUCCCACCGUCAGUCCCCUCUUCCUUCAAACCACUGUCCCCUCGCAGGCCUCACACUCCCUCAGACAGACGCACAGUCAGGCCCCUGGAUGAAGUGACACCUGGGGACAGCACACGAUCCAGCUCCCCCGGCCAUAUUUGUGCCCAACUGUCUCAGACUUCCCAAAUAGAGAGAAGGUCCAUGCCAGCCAUGGGCUACAUCACACACACUGUCAGUGCACCCAGCUUGCAUGGCAAAACGCCAGAGGAGCUGACUCUGCUCCUCAUUCAGCUUCGGAGGCACCAGGCCAAGAUGGCUGGUGUGCAUAGCCCCGGCGAUGCAUUCGCUCACCUGCAGCACCACCAGCACAACGGUCUUCUAGGCCCCAGCAUGCAGGCUGAUGAUACUUACAUACAACUGAAGAAGGACCUGGAGUAUCUAGAUCUGAAGGUGGGCCCCAACAAAGUUACUGGACGUGAGAGUUUAAAAACAGAAAGACCAUCAAGGCCUGUGAAAAUAGCAGAAAGUGAUGCUGAUGUGAAAUUAAGUCGGCUGUGUGAACAAGACAAGAUACUACAGGAGCUAGAGGCCACGAUACGCACUUUGAAGGAGGACAAGGACAAGCUGGAGUCUGUGCUGGAUGUUUCCCACCAGCAGAUGGAGCAGUACAGAGAUCAGCCGGCCCAUGCUGAGAAGAUUGCUUAUCAGCAGAAAUUACUACAAGAGGAUGUGGUGCACAUCAGGGCUGAAAUAUCCCAAGUCUCCACAGAGAUGGAGAACGCGUGGAAUGAGUACAGCCGGCUGGAGAGAGAUGUGGAGUGGCUGAAGUCAGCCCUGCAGGGACAGAUGAACCGCAGCGAUCUCUCUCAGCAAGAGAAAGUCCAGAUCAGAAAAGAGCUGUGGAGGAUUGAGGAUGUUAUUGCAGGCCUCAGCACCAGUAAAGCCAACUACAAAGUCACUAUCUCCUCUGUCACCAACCCAGAGAGGAAAUUUGUGCCUUCAGUGUCGGCAUCAUCAGUGCCUUCUGUGUCUGGGAGCCCGUCUGCUAUGGAGAUGAGAUUGUCCCAGCAGCAGCAGCAGCACAGCCCCCACCUCAGCCCAAGUAGCCACACCCCCACCCUUUCCUCCAGCCCCAGCCAGCAGCCUUUACGCCACUCUGCAACCAUCACCAGUGGGCUGAAAUGGGGUGAGGAUGAUGUGCCUCCCAGACCUCCUCUACCUCAGCUCUACAGUCCUGACGAGCAUCCCCCUGCUGUGCCCCCGUUGCCCCGGGAGACAACGGUCAUCAGACACACUUCUGUACGCGGCCUCAAACGACAGUCAGAUGAGCGUAAAAGGGACAGAGAGAUUGGCCAGUACACUAAUGGAGACAGUAAGGUGGAACUUAGGCCUUUCCUGAGUGAUCCAGAGCUUAUGGGAGCUGGAGACGGCUCCAGUCACAUCAGCAUAGUUGCAUCUGGACAUGAUGGGUACCAGACGUUACCUAGCAGAGGAGUGGCUGGCUCAUCGCUUAGGCUAAAUCAGUCUUCAAGCAUCUCCUCAUAUGUGACCCUCCGGAGAGCAACCUCAGCUGUCGGCAUGAAGGAGAGACCAAAAAGUGCCUUGGAGCGUCUGUACUCUGGGGACCCGGCGCAGCAGCAGCAGAGGGGGAAGAUGAGUGCUGAUGAGCAGCUGGAGAGGAUGAAGAGGCACCAAAAGGCUCUCGUCCGCCAGCGCAAACGCACCCUGAGUCACGGAGACCGCCACGCCUCGCCAUCGCCGCGCACCUCGUCUUCCUCCUCGCGCCCGCUUUCAGCAGACUUGGGAUCAUGGAAGAGAGAGCAGGACUUUGACCUGCAGUUGCUCGAGAGGGCUGUUCAGGGAGAGGAGGCACAGGGAGUUAGGAGCGUUCAGGGGGAGGAAAGACCUCCCGAGCACAAAGAGAGACCCCGCUCACACUCUGACGAAUGGCUGACCUUCCGCUCCAUGGCCACAACCCCUCCCACCCAUGAGGUUGACCUGGAGCCACUAGACUAUGACCUGGACCUUAACAAAGAGCUUUCCAAGCCUCAGAAAGUCCUGAUUCCGGAGCGCUAUGUAGAUUCAGAGCCUGAGGAGCCUCUCAGCCCGCAAGAGGUAGAGGACCGCCAUCGGAAGGUGGAGCGCAUCAAGAGCAUCUUGGCAAAGUCCAGUGUGCAAAACCUAGCACCGACAGUGACUGUGGACAAGCCGGAGGUGGGGCUAGUGGCACUUGACUCGGCUCUGCAGGAGCAGGAGAGGAUCAUCACCAUGUCGUACGCUCUCGCCUCGGAGGCUUCACUCAAGAGCAAAAUAGUCGCAGUUCCAACACAGGCUAACAUCCCCACCCCUCCUCCCCCACCCCCUCCUCCACCUCCUCCUCUUCCUCCUGUAUCUCUGGCGCCUCCCUCUCCUCUAAGCAACGGGAUUCACUACACGUUUGUCUAAUCCGAGAAAUAAACCCAAGCAAUUUCUGGACACUGAGGUGCUAUUCCAUGAUGACAGCAAACAACUUGAUUCUGCAAAAAAAGAGGAUCUCGUUUGAUUUUGGAAACUUACAAUUUUUCCAUACAGCGGUACAAGAAUUGUACUAAACAUUUAACCUGCUCUUUGAGGCUCACGCAGCAGUGACUUGUUAAAGUAUUUCUAGUUGCUGAGAGCGAAGACUUUGGAGUUGCUGUGCUUAUUAACUAUGGAAGUGUCUAACAAUUAUUGUUAUUAUGUUAAUCUCAUAAUAAUAAAAAAAUAUUUUCUACAUGUCAUUGCACUUUGAAUUGUACACUGUAUCAUGUUUUUCGAGGUAUGACUGAAUUGCUUUUACUUGCAGUGUGAUCUCAACUGGGAACAUCUUUGUUUUUUUUUGUCAGGUACAGAAUGUUAAGAACAAGAGGUACUAAAUGUGUCAUGAUGGUAGUAUUUUUGUCAAAACUCAGAUAAUAUUCUUACAACAAACCACUUGAAAUAUCAUAUGUAUGUACCUGUAGCACUGCCAGUCUCCUUUUAGCUUGCCAAAAUGAAUUUUAUUUUUGCUUACAUCAGGAUGAAAAUAACCUUUAACAUAUUUUCUGUGUGACUGGGGAAGGUUGCACAAUGGAAAUUUAUAAAAAUGUGAAUAUUAAAGAUAUUAACACAA